CUUAACACCAAUGCAUAGCCGGUAGCAACACGGAUGUGAGAACGAUUCUUUUCUAGCAUAUCGCAGGCAAAGUGCAUCUUUAUGCCCGACUCAUAUCAUUUCGUGCACAACGUAACGUUGGAAAGAUACACAGUGGAGAGGCUUCAUACUGAUCAGUGCUAUUUUGAUGAAGGUAUUCUUCAGGUUGGCUUCGGUGUCGGCAAGUGGCAGUCUAAGAUUGUUUUGAUCACAUCGUGGAAGGAUUGCCUUCCCACCUCGUACCCAAUCCUGCCCCAUGUUGGCUUGACCUGGAUUGGAACGUCGUCUCGGUCCUGAUACUUACAUAAUUGUGUGAUAAUGGUGCACUUGUCAGUCUGUGUCCAGACCAAAUACAGUUGGAUCGUGCUAGUGACAACACUGGUUGUGAUCACAACUGAGGUAUGGUGUUUGACGCCAAGAUGCAUUCCAGAAGCACAUCACCAAUAUACUGACGAAGGCAGGAACGGGGGAUUCGAAACAUUCAAGUGGUAUACACCUGGUACACUAUCAAAUUCCUACCUCGGCCACAAUCGUGUUUAUAGCACACACUUCGAGUUUAACGGGAGCUGCACUAUUAAAGCAAUAGCCAUAUCAUUCACGGCACACGGAAAUUGUCGCUUCUCAGUUUCGUCUAAGUCGUUUGACCACAUUGGUUGGUCAAAUGCAAGGCCAGUUUGGUUCAGCCAUAGUAGUAAAUAUGGAUCCAGUCACAAUCUCAAUUUCACCGUGCAAUCAUCACAUGGGUUGCAAAUCAAAUUCACAGUCGAGAGUCCGCUAUCACGUCCUAUCAGCCAGUGUGCGUUUCAACUCAAUGAAGCACGUGAACCGUACAUCGCCUUGCAGGUUCAAGAAGAUCACGAUGAAUGUUCAGCAUCGAAUCAUCUCUGCUAUGGAUAUUACAACACUUCAUAUUGUACAAACACGUGGGGAUCCUUCAGCUGUACGAGGACUUGCCAGCAUGGAUAUCGACAUGGAUAUAGCUAUAUUUGCAACGACAUCAAUGAAUGCGCUUGGUCUUCUACGCCUUGCUAUGGAUAUAUCCGCAGGGAUAAUGAGCCUAACUGUGCGAACACUCCUGGAGCCUAUCAGUGUAUUUGCCGGCAAGGUUAUGAGAUUGUCAAGAAGGGACACCGAUUUCAAUGCCAGGAUAUUGAUGAAUGCUCUCUUACACCUCACCACUGUGCUGCGUACUCUGCGCAAGUUACAGGGAAAUGCGUGAACACUCCAGGGUCCUACUGUAACAGUCCAACUAACUUCAGUAGUCAUUCUUGGAAUAAGCAAUGAUCCUUGCCAUAAUGCAUUCUUAUAUACAUGAACAAGCAAUGAUGGACAUAACACCUAACAGCAGCAGCGUGAUAAUAGCAGGUGAUAAGUGUAUCCUAUUCCUAGUGUUAGUAGUAACAGUGAAUCUGUUACACCAUUCCCCCCUCUCAACUGUCAGAACAGUACCAAUUCGAAGGAACAGUUAUGGUAACUAAUGAUCAUGCAUGGAUAUGUGGAAUGCAUGGUAGCCGAAAACAACACUGAUGAACUCAAGAUCCAGUGCAUGUCCUCUGCAAAUAACGC